AUGACUCUCUAUUCAACACUUAUAGGAGAAAUACCGCAUCAAGUCAGUUCCAAAUUAAAAAUAACUAUCUAUGAGAUAAACACCUUAGAAAAAGAGAACAUAUCUCCUACUACUUUAACAGGACCAUAUAUAAUUGAAACAAUAUUCGUAGUUCCUUAUACCUGGGCACCAUUCAUGCCACAUGAUAAAAAUCUUUUCGAUUAUAGAUACAAUAUUACUUAUUACAGAGAAUUAGCUGAUAUCAUAAACAACUACUUGGCUCAUCCUAGCAUUAAAAGUCAUAUUCGUUUGAAGUUUGUGGACGUUAAGUUUGAAUAUGAUUCGGACUUGGUUCACUCGAGAGAUCCUGCUAAAACUUACAAUGUUUUGCAUGAUUACAUGAAGAAGAAAACUUUAUACGUCUAUGAUCUGGCCAUCUUAAUUAGCGAUAAAAUUAGCUCUACCGGUGUAUUGGGAUAUGCAACAGGGGACGUGUGCAAACCAGGUGGUAAUCGGAUUAUGGUUCAAGAUAUGGGGUAUGAUACCGCAAGAGUAAUUGUUCAUGAACUUGGACAUUGCCUUUCAGCCCAAGAUGAACAUAAAACUCAGUGUUCUAGUGAAAACGAAAAAGGAAUAAUGGAUUCUGGAAGUGGUUUAUCUAGAAAAUAUAUUUGGUCUAAAUGUAGCCAAAAGGCUAUCACUGAAUCCUUAAGGACAAAAGGUAGCUGUUAUUUGAGGAGAAGGAAUAGUGAUCCGGAGGGCAAAUUGAUUCGACUGAAUUUCAUUGACAAAAAUAUUUCGUUUGACCAUCAAUGUCGCGUUAAUUGGGACAUCGAUCAUACUUUUCUAAUGACUGACUCUCCAACGCCGUGCAAAGAACUCAGAUGUCAUGGUAUCUCGGGCGUCAAAACUAUUCACGAAAGACCAAUAGAUGGCACCUCGUGUUCUAGAGAUAAUAAAAAAAUCUGCUUUAGAGGUAAUUGCCUUGAAAAAUCUGAAUUGGGCCAAGUUAAUGAUAUUUCUAGAUGGGCUCAAUGGGGACCAUGGUCGAAGUGCAAUGGUAAUGACUUUGUAGGUUAUAAGACAAGAGAAAGAGAGUGCAAUGUAGAUGGAGAUAAAGGAGGAUUAUAUUGCAAAAAUGACUAUAAAAUGCUAGCGUUUUGUAAAAAUGAUAAUUCUAAUUAUAUUGUUGAAAAUCAACGUAUCUGCAGCAAACAUCACCCAGGAUCUGAAUACAAGGAAAAAAUAACGUACCCAUGCAAAUUAGCUUGUUUUUUACGUUCAUCAUUGUAUAUAAUGACGGAAGAUGUCGUUGAUGGAACACCCUUCAGUCAAACUGGACUUUGCGUUAAUGGAUACUUGUAUUUAAACUCAAAAGCGACUCAUGAGAAAGCUCGUCUUUCUCCGGGUGUAGCUCAUCGUUUCCAAAUUUCGGAAAAUUUAAUAGGAAUUACCGGGGAACAUGCGAGCCCUAAAAGGCUAAUGUCAAUAAAAUUUCAAUAA